AUGUACCGUAGGUGUAGUGCACACCUAUCUGUUCUAUAUGAUGAUAUUUCAUUUUUUAUCGCCGCUCCGAACCUACAGGGUUUGCAAGAUCCUGAUGGUAGCCUGGAGAGACUUCUGCGGGAAUCUGAAAUACUUCGGCAGGCAUUCGGUCAUCUGUUUGACUAUGUCAUAGUCAAUAAUGAUAUAGAUGAAACGAUAGUUCAAUUGGAGCAGAUCGCGGAGAAGCUUCCAGUCUGCCCGCAAUGGUUGCCAGUUUCAUGGGUAUACUGA